AUGGACAUACAAUCCCUUACACCUGCGCAUGGCGCUGCCGCAUGCAGCACUCCCGUGGGAGCAGUGCCCUCCCCCUCAGCCAUACCCCCCUCUGCAGCUCCUGUGACUGCGAAGGCAAGGUUUGAUCCUGUUGUGAGUUUCCUGGCGGAAGACGAGGAACGGCUGCAGGAGCACAUCGUAUUGUGCGAUGAGCUGCUCAAGCAGCUGAUGCUGAGCAGCCUGCGCCACAAUAAGAAACUGUACAUUCAGCAGCAGUUGCUCCCGGAUCUACAACAGCUGCAGCAACACGCGGAAAGCACGACUGCUCGGAUCGAAAAGCAGUUGAAACAGGCUGCAGAAGCAGCAGAGGCCAUCGCUAGGCCUAUUCACGAGCUGCAGCAGCAGCAGCAGGUCCUGCAACAGGCUGCAGAGCGAGCCGCUGCUGCUUUGGAGGAUGGACAACUCCUGCUGGCAUCUGAAUGUUUGCACAGCUGCCUGAGCAUCCGAGACGAGUUUGAGCGGAUAGAUCAACAGCAGCAGGAGCAGCAGCAGCAGGCAUCGCGUGGGAGUCUCUGUACAGCAGAGGCAGCGGUCCUGCAGCGACUGCAGCAGCAGCAGCACACGCUGCUGCAGCAGCUUCAUAAGCGAUUGAGUGCCUCAGCAGGCAGCCUCGUUGCAGCGGCACUGCAGCAGCAGACUCCUCGCCAGCAGCAAGAGCAAAGCCGUGCUGAGACUGAAGGCAGCACUGUUGACAGCGGACAGCACACUCAGCAGGAGGAACAAGCGCAGCAGCGCGAGAAACAUACGCAAGAGCUCUCCUUGGAGCUACGCUGCUACUUCCUUGUACGAAAGGGUGCAGCAGCAGUUCACCGAUUCUGCCGCAUGGUGACGGAGGCCCUUGCAGAUGACUCUGCGAAUUAUUUCAAGGUGCUGCUGCAGCCGCAAAAGACAGUGACUGCGAAAGCGCAUGCUGCCCUGUUGCAACAGCUCUUUGGCAAGUUCUUGAAGGUCUCUGCAGUGCAGCAGGUAUUCACACUGGGAGCCUCCCUUGCUGCCAAAGCCCGUCGCUUGCUGGAGUCGCUAGCGCCUCCUUCCGCAGCCCUUCAGGAUGCCUCUGCGGCGUCCGCUGGGGAGGCUUCUUUAGGGAAAGCAGCCAAGAUCGAGGCUGUCGAAGCUGCAAUUUUGGUGGCUAUGGCAUCUCCGCUUCCGGAAGGGGGGGGAGACGUGGUUACCAGCGCCGCUGCGGCCGCAGCAACUCCCGCAGCAGCCGCGGCAGCUGCUUUUUUUAUUGCGACGCUAUCUCAAGAGCUGGAUGUGCAGGGUGUCAGAAUCCUGAAUCACUUCUUAGAGGCCAAGCCAGAGACGUUCGCCUUCAAGAAGGAGGGAGGAGCAAGAGACCCUGAGGCUCUCAGGCAGGUGGAAGCCAGACUAGAGGAAUGCGUCGUUCUGAGUCGAUGCUGUCGCCGCAGCCACGCGGCCUUGCUGCAGCAGUUCAGAAAUGCUCUCGGCAGCGCCGCCUCUCCAGCCGCUGCGGAAGGCAGCGCGCUAACCAGCAGCAACAGCAGCCUUCCCCCGAGCAGUUCGCGGGGGAGUCAAAAUGAAGUUCUGCAGUUGCUGACGCCCCAACAGGUUCUUCAGGUUGAGCAUCCAGCCUUGAUGCAGCGCCGAGAGGAGCUUGUCGCCGACUAUAUUGCACUUGAGCACGCGCUGAUGCUUUGGGCAGUCGGAGAGGCGCUGGAGGUACAGGACGAGCUGCCGUUUGCUGCCGCCGCGCGAAGCGUCUCUGAGAACUCCCUUGGUUUGUCACUGCCUGUAAGUUCCUCGGAGGCACCUGCUGUAUCGCAGGAGGAGCUGCUGGCAUCCCUUCGACAGGCGGAAGAAGAAGCAGUGGACGGGGGAGAAUGCUUUUACAGCACGAUGACUGAAGACCUCUUUUUCGUGUUUCAGGCUUCUGUAUCCCGAGCGCUAAGAUCCGGAGAUAGCCUGGCAUUGUGUGCCUUGCUCAAUCACGUCGCUGCUGCGCUGCGUUGCGAAGUGCUGACAGCUCUCCGAAGCUGCCUUGAGGCCAGCAAGGCCCCCUAUGCGCAUUAUGUCCAGGACGAGGCACGCCUCAAGGAUUACUCGAUUAUUAACGCUCUUGAAGCUCGAUUUGAAGGCCGCCCUCUUCCAGAUAAAAUUCGGGCUUGCCACAGCUGGCCUGUCUCCGUAAAUAACGUGCAGCUGUGUCUUUCUUCCCUGGCACACUUCAAGGCUGUCACGCAAAAUGCAAUGCAGCAGCAGCACCAGCAGGAGCAACUGCAGCAACACGACGCGGCCGCAGCAGCGGACUCUACGGAAGCCGACGGCGGCGAUGCCAAGUCUCCUCUCCUCAUUAUGCAUUACACGCUGCAGGAACUGGAUGGCGCGGCGGAAGCGCUUCAGCAGCUACACUCUCGCUGCUGCACGCUGACAAUUCGGUUUUUUCAAGUGUAUUGGCAGCAUUGCUUCCAGCUGCUCAAAAAAUGCGACUUCGACCGAGACGCCGCACUCAGGGAGGAGGGGUCGCUUGCGGGGAGUACAUGGAGGCUGAAGCUGCAGCGUCUGUUUGCCUUGCUAGCUUUUCAUUUCAACCGCUGCUUUGACGCAAAGGGACAGGCCACGCUCUGCGACAUGCUUGUCGAUUUGGUAGUCAAACACCUGGAAUCAGGACUGCUUGAGAAGAACUACACCGCAGCAGGCGGCAUCUUUGCGAAUCAGGAAACACGCACUCUCUGUCUGGUCGUCCAAAGGCUCAGCUUGAAUCCUGCCUCUGGGGGCAGCGGCAGAAGCAGAAGCAGGCAGCAGCAGCAGCACUUGGAAGCAACAGCAAACAGGUGCUCCUUCUUUGACGAAUUCGAGGACGAAGAAGAAACACUCGAGUCUGUACAAAUUAAUUACCCCGAGCCUGUCAGACCGAAGUUUUGUCGCCUGUUUGAGAUAGGAGAACUUCUUAGCCUUCCUUCCCUCAGAGAAGUUCCUGAGCUACUAGGGGAAGUAGAGGGAGGCACGUCGCUUUUAUCUCUCCAGGAGAUUAAAACAGUCCUGCGACUACGCGUUGACUUUGAGAAUGAGGAAAUUGAGGAGGUAGUGCGCCUAGCUGGAAGACCAAGCUUUGGCUGCUUAAGGGUGGCAGUGACUGAACAAAGUUUCCCUAUCGCAGGAGCUGCGCGUUUUCUUCCUAAUCGUUCCGUUCCGUGCCCUUCCCUUGAGGCAAGGGCGAUGUCUACAGCUAGUAUAGCGGAAAGACAUCUGAAAAGUAAACUACGCAACUGUCCAUCCUACGUAGUAGCGAUCUCGAAGCAACGGGCCUUACCGACAGCAGGCGGCGGCAAGUACAGGGCCUGA